ACGAAAAUAAUAUUUAAAUACUUAAAUAAAUAAAACCAGAUAUAUAAAAUUUAAUCGAAGAUUAAUUAAUGAAAAUACACGAAGUAUAAAACGAAUAAAUAGAUAACGAAUAAGAAAAUAUUGAUUAAAAUAUAUAAAUAUGGAAUUCUAAAAGAAUUAUAAAUUAUAAAACAUAUUCAAGAUCAUUAGAACCUAUUUUAUGUGGUUGUGAAAUUGAUAAAUAAACACUCGCUUUUGGUACAGGCAAUCCUGGCAAUAAAAUUUUAAUUUAUGAUCGUUUGUUGAAUUAAAUAAUUAACGAAUUUACUGCUCAUUCUAAAUCUGUAAUGUCCAUAUUACAUUACCAUGAUACUAUAGUUAUAACUGGAGGCGCUGAUAUGCAAAUAAAAUUCUGGGAUAUUGAAGAUUCUGAAAAUUUUAAAUCAUUUACAGCACAUACUGAUUAUAUAAUGAAUUUGUAAUAAUUAAAUCCAAAAUUUUAUAGUUCUUGCUCAUUUGAUAAUUCAAUUAAGAUAUGGGCUUUCGACUCUACUUCUGAUACUCCUCAGGGUACUUUAAUGGGACAUAAAAAUGGUGUUUUUUAAGUUAUUGCUUUAUAAUAAGAAAGUAUUAUUGCCAGUUGUUCGGCUGAUAAUAAUAUUAAAAUUUGGAAUAUAAAAAGAUUUGAAUGCUUUUGUACACUUAAAGGACAUAAAAAUUAAGUAAAUUCAAUUGCUAAAUUUUCUGAAGAUUAAAAUUUAAUUAUUAGUGGAGGAGAUGAUAAAAAUUUAAUUUUGUGGAAUUGGGAAAAUUAGGAAUAAAUUAAAGUUGUUAAUUGUGUUAAUUUUUGUAUUUGGGAUAUUAGACUUAUGAAUGAUGGGAAUUCAAUUGUUGCUUGUGGAGAAAAUAUGAGUAUUGCAGUAGUUGAUUUUGGUAAUGGGAGUUUAAUUUCUAAUUUAUUUGGACAUAAAAGCUUUCCAAGGAGCUUGUUAUAUUUAAAAGGUGGAAAUUUAGUUAGUUUUGGAUAUGAUAGUUAGAUUAAAUUCUGGAAAAGUAAAAAUAAAUAAAGUGUGAUUUAGUUAAAUUGAUUUUUUUUUUUUAAUUAAAAAAAAAAAUACUUAUACACAAAAUUUUAUUUUAAAUAUUUUUAUGUGAAUUAUUUUUGUUUUAACAAAAAAAUCAUUUAUUAUUUAGACUUUUUAAUGUUUCCUCCUUUAAUUAUUUUAAGGUUUUUUUUUAUUCAUCUGUUAAUAAAUUGCUUUCUUCUUCUUGAAUAUUUUUUCCUAUUUAUUAUAUAUUUUUCAUUUUUUAUAAAUCUUAAACAUAAUUUUCCCUUUUUUUUUUUUGGUUUU